AUGCAGUCUGCCAGCAACGGGUGCGUACAAAAUGGGGCCCCGUCUUGUAGUAAUGGGGCCGCAGAGAAUGGACAUGGCGACGUUGAUAAUGGCAUCACACUUAACCAAACUAAUCAAGAAAUUGUGCGACUUAUUGGACAAUACCUCAAGAAUGAAGGAUUGAUAAAAACAUGUGAAUCCUUAAUGAAUGAAUCAGGGUGUCGUUUAGACCAUCCCGCAGCGGCAAAAUUUCGGCAGCAUGUGAUGGAUGGAGAUUGGUCAAAAGCUGAUCAUGAUUUGCAAGAAUUGCGACCACUCUUAGGUCACAGUACGAAUCUUUUGGAGAUGAAGUUUUUGUUAUUGGAACAGAAAUACCUAGAAUAUUUGGAAGACGGACGAGUUUUAGAUGCUUUACAUGUUCUAAGGAAUGAACUUACUCCAUUGCAACAUAAUACAACAAGGGUGCAUCAGCUUUCUAGCUAUAUGAUGUGUUCAAGCACAGAGGAGCUUCAUGAACGCACAAAUUGGGAAGGUAAAGGAGUAAAAUCUCGUACAAUCUUGAUGAACAAGUUGCAGUCCUAUUUACCACCUUCAGUAAUGUUACCACCUAGUAGACUUAAUGAGUUGCUCAAUCAAGCAUUGGAACUGCAAGCUUUGCGUUGCAGUCAUCACAAUACUUCUCAGGGUGUCGCCUUACUUAACUCUUCCUUAUUAGUAGACCACUGUUGCCCCAAGUCAUCUUUUCCCAUGUAUACUAUUCAGGUAUUAAAUGACCAUUGUGAUGAAGUAUGGUUUUGUCAAUUCUCACCUGAUGGUACCAAGUUGGCAACUGGUUCGAAAGAUACUAAUGUAAUUAUUUGGGAUGUGAAUCCUGAUAGUUGUACAAUAACUCUUAGAAAAGUUUUAGAAGGUCAUAAUUAUGGAGCAGCAUAUAUAGCUUGGAAUCCAGAUUCGACACAUUUAAUUGCCUGUGGUCCAGAAGAAAGUCCAGAAGUAUGGUUGUGGCACAUCGACUCCGAAAAAUUUAUAAAAGUGUCGCAGUCUCCAGAAGAUGCCCUCACUUGUUGUGCCUGGCAUAAAGAUGGCACUAAAUUUGUAGUUGGGGGCGUCAGAGGACACUUUUACCAGUGCGAUAUUGAAGGAAACGUACUAGACUCAUGGGAAGGAGUUAGAGUACAUGGAUUAUGGUGCAGAAAAGAUGGCAAAACGGUUUUAGCAUCGGAUACACAUCACAGAAUCAGAGGUUACAUUUUUGAGGAAGUUUCUGAUCAUCAAGUUUUGCAAGAAGGCCACCCCAUUAUGUCAUUCACGGUAGACAAAAAAGACAGACUGGCACUUUUGAAUGUUGCCACCCAAGGUGUGCAUCUUUGGGAUUUAAACGACAAAUGUUUAGUGAGGAAAUAUCAAGGAGUUACUCAGGGACAUUUUACUAUUCACUCAACGUUUGGUGGAGCCAAUCAAGAUUUCAUUGCAAGCGGUAGCGAAGACAAUCAGGUUUACAUCUGGCACAUAAGGAACGAGCAACCCAUAGCAACGCUCCAGGGCCACACCAGGACGGUCAACUGUGUAGCAUGGAACCCUGUCUACCCUCAUAUGUUAGUGUCAGUCUCCGAUGACUAUACGAUAAGAGUCUGGGGUCCAAAAGAUAAAAUGCCUAAACCAACAGUGUCUUCAAGUAAUGGUGAGUCAAGUAAUGGUACUUGGAACGACAUGGUUUCAUAGUACAAAAAUCAGUAAAAAAGACUGACGUGUCAUCUUGCAUGUUUAAAAAAUUUUUAUGUGUGGAAUCGUAAACUUAUACAUAGACUAUCAUAUAGUUAACACGGUCACACAAAAUGUGUUCUGCUUAGGGGUAUUAUAGGCGAAUGACUAAUGACUUAGCGAUUCGUCAAUCACUGUUUAAGUACCUCCUAUAUGAAGAUGAAACUCAAGCAUAACUUUUAUCAGAAUUUUUCACGUGCUUGGGUUCCAUUUAGUAAAAAUUAUUUAUUUUAUGUAAUUCUAUAUAAGAAUUAUUUAAAAAAGAUUUAAAUAAACUUAGUAUUAAUUUUUUUGUAAUUUUUUUAUAUGAUUUUUAUUGGAUCUAAUAUUUUAAGGGAUUGUUUUUUUUUGUAUAAAUUUCAUAGUUGCUAUUCAGUACAUAACAAAAAUGGCACUGAUUAUAUCAUGAAGAUAUUAUUUCUUCUCAUCUCAUAUCUAGUCCAUAAUCUUUUAAGUUGCAAAUAAUAGAGGUCAGUUUAAAUUAAAAUGCACAUAAGGAAAUUUAUUUUUGUUAUGUACUGUGUCGAAAUGGGGAGCGCAGAACACAGGAAAACAUGUGCAUUUUCCAUUAUCAUAUGAUAAGUAUAUUGGAUAAACAGGUUGAUGAGUUAUUUUAAAUACGUUUUUAGUGACACAGUUUGUUUUGGAAAAUAUUGGCAAAUAAUAUUUUUUACUGAAUUAUUAUCAACGUUCUGUAGAUUGAAUUGUAUUAAAUAUAAUACUUAGUUUUAAUAGUUAAAUUUCAAUAUCGUAACAUAUAUAUUUUUUUAAAUCCAAUUAUUAAACAUUUGCACUGAAGAAAUCAUCAAACAAAAUAAUCUUGCAAGGUUUUUCAAUGUAAAACAGGUCUAUUCUCACAAAUGAGAGCAAUGUCUUUUUAAAACACCAAACAAAUCAUCCAUCAAUUUACAUUUAAGGAUACUAAAUGGUAGUAUGUACUUAAUUUUGAAGGUGUUUUAAUUGUGUUUUUAAUCUUACUAACUAAUGAUUUUUAAUAAACAACUUUGAUUGAUAUAUGGAUUAUUGACGUAAAAAUAUAUACUUAAACUUAAAUAUUUUGUUAAUUUCAGAUAUCAAAUUUUAAUAUAAAAAUUGUUUCAAUCAAACUUAUUGCACUUAGAAAUUGGUUUCUGUUUAUGUGAUUUACGACUUUAAAAUGUCAAUAUUGGCAUUUGGUAUAUUUAUAUUCAUCAUGGGAGAUUGCAAUUAGACACCAAUAUCCGUACUUGUGAAGAUGCUUUACAAAUUUUGGCAUAUACAGUGCAAUAAUUAAGUAUUAUACCUUCUGAAUCGCAGUCGAACUAGAUACACGUUUACUGAUGAAAUUUUAUUUGAUCGCUCGGAAGGCUUACCACUACGUAGUUGGCCGCACAUAAAUAGCGACACACGCUUCGCCCCAAUAAAAUUAGGUUUAAAACUUGAUAGCCAGACUGUAUUUUGUUAACUUUAGAUAUAUAAAAAUUGUUACGUCAAACUUUUUACAACAAUUAGAAAUUGGUUUCUAUUUACAGUGAAAAUCGGUUAAAACGACCUUCAAGGGACCGUUUCUUUACGGUUGUUAUAAUCGAUAGACGUAAUAAGCAAUUACAUAUAUUUUAUUUAAAAUUUUUAUAGAAAAAAAUUAGAAAUUUAUAAUAUAUGUCUUUAAGUAUGACAUGUAUUGCUUUGUGUUCAAAAGAUCUUGCACUUUUCAUUUUCAAUGAAUUGUUUUCGAAUAGAUACUUCGAAACCCUUCCUUCGAAACCCAAUAGAUACCCUUCCAAAUUGGUGAAAUCAUAGUGUGACACGCCAUAUUCUUUUGCUUGCGUGCAUUAGUUUCUCUGUUUUUUAAUCUCUAUAUUAUAUUUGAUUUUUAAUUUUUCUUCUUUAUUAAAAACUUUUCUCUUGACAUCGUGAAAGAAGGUGGUAAUUAAUACAUAUAAUAUAACAAUAUGUGUAGAUAAGUCGUAAUUUGUCCCAAACGUACUAACUGGUGUCAACUGGUUUUAAGGCUGUAUAUCACUAUUGGUUGUUAUAACCGAUAGAUUCUAUGGUAAAUGUAUAUAAAAACGGGUUGCUAAAGAAUUAAAUCGGGACUUCCAAAUUCCGGCGUUAUAUCCAAUAUGUUGUAUAAAGCAAUGUCGUUAUAACCAAUUUUCACUGUAUAUGAUUUAAUUGACGUACAUAUUUAUAAUUUUAAAUUGUCAUUAUUAAUAUUUGAUAUGUGCAUGUUCAUAGUGGAAGAUUGAAUUGAGACACCAAUAUUUGUACUUGUGAAGGUGCUUUAUGAAUUUUGGAAUAUAUGAAAUAUGAAAAACUGAAUCAAAUUUGCAGAGAAACCAAUAAUGAUAAGAAUUAUUUAUUUGAUUUUUUGUAUUCACUGUUUUUCAUUUUUAUAUAUCUAGAGAGCAACUAACUUAAAUCUCGGUAGUACUUAAAGUAAUAACAGGAAAUAUUUUUCUGAAAUUAUUGGAUUGGUUUGUCCUAUUUCACACUCAAAAAAAUCUUGGUCCUUUAUCGUUGAAAAAUCUUGCACCUGAAUGAUUCUUUAGCGAAUAAAAAUGACGAGAUGUUUUACUAAAUUUUGGAACAUAGCUAAUUAUAAAAUUACAAAUAUAAUAUAUUUAAAUGAUUUAAGUUUUCGAACCAGAAUGGAUUAUGUUUUAUAAAAAUAUGAAUAUCCCUUUAAAAUAUUGGCAUUAUUUAAUGAUUAUUUAUGUUUUUAACUGAACUACAUAGUCGAAUCAAAAAAAAGUUUUCCAAUAACUUUUAUUAGCUCGAACAUAAAACUAAUAUUAUCAUUAACAAAUUAGGAAAUAAAUUUAUAUAGAUCUCUCUUCAGUCCAGAUACAUGCCAGUUUUAUUUUGAAGUUAGUGGUUUAUUAAAUGAAUUUAAAAUAAUUUAUUAAUAUAGAAUGGUCUGGAAAUGCAGCUGUUUUGUUGAAUAUUCAUUGGUAAAUGUAUGGUUAAAUAUGGUGUAUUAAAAACUACUGUAAAAAAUAAUACAAAAUAGAAAUUAUGUGACAGUUCAAAAUAAUGUUUUUACUUGUAAAUACAGGCAUAUUUUGUUACAAAUGUGUGAUACUAUCAUUCUCAGAGAUGCAUUUCACAGACUUUAUUUUAUCAUUCUGCAUCAAAAUAGUGUGUGAUGACAUAAGGUUUUAAGCUAAUGGAUAAGUUGCGUGAAAUGUAGCAAUAAAAAUAAUUAUUUUUAAUUUAAUAAAGUUUAACGCUAAACACAA